AACUUCGGCGGAAUUGAGGUAAAGGGGAAGAGAAUUAAGGGACAAGAGAUAUUAAAUUCUGGUUGUGUGAUUGAAAUACGGGUCACUACUAGGGUUUUAUGGGCUACAAGCUUUAAUUUCAUCCCAAAGCAAAGUUCCUAUAGCCAUUGCUUGAAAUCAUGGGGUUUCAUUUCGGAUCCAUAGUUGCUUUUACUCUAUGUCAGCUAACAUUGUAAAUUAAUUAUCUCUACUUUUGUGUUGUUUUUCUUUUCUUUUCUUUCUUUCUUCUUCUUCUUUUUUAUUUUAUUUUUAUUUUUUUUUUUAUAUAUGUAAAACAAGCAAAUGGCACUUAAUAUUGAUUAAUUUACAUUUUUGGCAGCUUGGUGUUGUGGGAAGCUGUCAUGCUUCUAUGCCGGCCGAACUUCACUGGAAAUCUGUGUUCCCAAAUCCCAAACACUCCAAUGCUUUACGAGAUCUUUCACGUCCUGGAGCUAUUCCUCCAAAGAAUACGAGGCUGUCUUUCAUGGUUUUUUUGCGUCUGCGGGGGAUAAAAUGGUCCAUUGGAGUUGAAAAAGAAAAUGCAGGGUCCAAUCACGUGUGCAUGGAGAAACCCAGACAAUGGUCUCUUUAGCUAAAAAAUGGCAAAUUGGCACAGAUCUCAGUUUAACUUUCAGGAUCUGAAAUGCAAAAUGUCUGGGGUUCUGAGUUGAUGUAUUUUUGUGACAAACAACUGUCACCUUAACUUUGAUGCCAUCAGAACCAAUCAAGGGAAUCAUGGAGGGCACAAGAAUUAUGGAUUGAAAAGUGGAAGUCACCUAGGACUCUAA